AUGGAGGAUCGGUUCUCCACUAUCACCAAUCUUCAUGGAGAUCGUAAACAGGCAAUAUUUGGAGUCUAUGUUGGUCAUGGAGGAGUUAAAGCGGCUGAGUGUCCAGCUAAGAACUUAGAUAAGAACAUUGUAGAAGAAGUAGUUGGUAAAAGACACGAGUUGGAGAUAGCUGAAGCGGGUGGUUCAUCCUGUGUCACGGCUUUGGUUAGCGAAGGGAGCCUUGUUGUGUCAAACGCCGGUGACUGUCGUGCUGUUAUGAGUGUAGGAGGUGUAGCUAAAGGAUCCUUAGUUGUGCCAAGAGGAAUCGGAGAUGCUCAACUUAAGAAAUGGGUUAUAGCUGAACCAGAGACAAAGAUCUCGAGAGUUGAGCAUGACCAUGAGUUCUUAAUCUUGGCAUCACAUGGUUUAUGGGAUAAGGUGAGUAACCAAGAAGCAGUAGACAUUGCUCGUCCCUUCUGCUUACGAACCGAGAAGCCAUUGUUGUUAGCAGCUUGUAAGAAGCUUGUUGAUCUCUCGGCUUCACGAGGCUCGUUUGAUGAUAUCAGUGUGAUGUUGAUCCCAUUGCGGCCAGUUCGUAUAGAAAAGAGAGGCAUCUUAGAAGAUGUUUCAUCCUCAAAGGCGAAUUCAAUAGCAAGGGACAUUGCUAUAAGUGUGACAAGGGAUGGUCGUUUCAGAUCUUAUUUAGCUAGAGGAGGCCCUGGAUGGUUACUUUCCAGAAUUGAAGAAGACAAGCGAUGA